UUUCGCUUUAAGAGGGAUGAUAUUUGGUCACAUUCAGAUAGACCCGAUAGGGCAGAAGGGAGUGACUGUAACUGUAUAGGCGCUAGCUCAGUCAAACAGGAGAAGGACGCACACCGACCGGCAGUCGCAUUACAGCAAGAAGGAAAUACAGCCCAGCGAAAUAACGACAGCUCUACCUCUGUAUAAAGACCGAUAUAUGAUUUAUUGCUGCGCCCGGAAGGAAAGCCCGACCCAGAAGUGCGUCUUGGUGAAGAAAGAGUCGGAGAGGCAGCAGCGAGAGAGCGAGCAGAAAGCGAGAGCGCAAGGUGGAGGCGUCCUGCCCGGGGCGGAGGAGAUGCACGGAGUAGCUGGGGUUUCGGGGAGCCCUCAAGCCGGGGGGUUCCAGCCCGGCCAGGCUCUUUGCGACCCGCGUCAGGCAGCGGUGGCGGAGGCUAUGUAUAACCAGAGCCGGCUCAGCUUCGACUCUCCGCAGCGCAGACUCGGCAAGCGCGCCCCCAAACUCGGAGACAUUGGGAGAUCGAAGAAAGUUGUGAUUGAGGAUGAAGAGUUAGAUGACGUGCUGAACAACAAUGGCAUUUUCCCUCUGGGUCUGACGCCCGUUGCCUAGCGACCCCUCGGUCCUGCAUCGCCAUCACCCAAGCCAAGCUACAAAACUACUGCUUCAUUUUGAAAUGCGUCUUUUUAAACCAAAUGAAAAGCUCCAAUGCUCUAAAAGUUGCCAAACUUCAGUUCUUCAGCCGUGGUUUGCACAGUGUGAUUUCUUCUUUAUUUUCACAGUUGUAUACUUUUUUUUUUUUUUGUAAUGGUUGGACUGGGAUGUUUUGUAAUGUACAAAGGUAUGCCGAUUGAUUUUUAUAUUUCUCUUUUAAAAUAAAUAAAUACAAAUAUUGCAAUUUGAA